CACCGGAAUUUAGGUACACCCAAAUGCAGGGAAACACAGCUCGACAAAAUCUGAAUUCUGAAGCCAUUUUGUUCGCAGUGACCCAAGUCGUAGUCGUCGUGAAAGGCAAAAACCCUUUAUACCUCCGGGAUCAAAAAUCUUGGAGAGACGAAGAUGGCGACAUCGUUGUCUAAACUCCUUACAAGAUCGAACGCUCGGAGCCACUGGUGCUCCACCACAACCAGUAGCUCUGCCUCUCCUUCUAUACCGAAUCAAUUCUGGGCACGACACUUCUCUGCCGUCGCCGACUCUUCCUCCUCUAGUUCCGCGGCGCUUGGAAGCCAAUCGAGUUCUUCUACUCCACCGCAAGAGAAGAAACGAGGGUCCAAGUGGUCACAAUUGCUGUUGUUCUUACCUGGAGCUAUUACCUUCGGCCUCGGGUCAUGGCAGAUCGUCAGAAGAGAGGAAAAGUUCAAAACACUGGAGUACCAACAGCAACGGUUGAAUAUGGAACCAAUGAAGCUAAAUACAGAACAUUCUCCUGAUAAGAAUCUGGAUGCAUUAGAAUUUAGACGGGUUAGUUGCAAGGGUGUAUUUGACGAGCAAAAGUCUAUCUAUUUGGGUCCACGGUCUAGGUCCAUAUCGGGAAUUACUGAAAAUGGAUUCUAUGUCAUCACACCUCUAAUGCCGAUCCCUGGUGACCUGGAUAGCAUGCAGUCACCUAUUCUGGUGAAUCGCGGAUGGGUUCCUCGAAGUUGGAGAGAGAAGUCACCGGAAUCCACAGAUGCUGACUUCAUUAUAAACCAGUCAAUAAAAGCUGAAUCAAUCUCCGACGAACGAAAUUCCUGGUGGAAAUUUUGGUCUAAGACGCCAGUGAUUACAGAGGAGCAAGUACCUGCGGUUAAGCCUGUAGGAGUCGUAGGUGUGAUCAGGGGAGGAGAGAACCCGAGCAUAUUUGUUCCGUCCAAUGAUCCAAGUACCAGGCAGUGGUUCUAUGUAGAUGUUCCCGCGAUGGCUCGAGCCGUAGGCCUUCCUGAAAACACAAUAUAUGUAGAGGACGUCCAUGAAGACAUAGAUCGUAGUAGACCCUAUCCGGUUCCUAAGGACAUCAAUACCUUGAUUCGUAGUAAAGUCAUGCCACAGGACCAUCUCAACUACUCAAUAACAUGGUAUUCUCUCUCUGCGGCUGUCACUUUCAUGGCUUACAAGAGACUCAAGCCAAAGUCUGCCCGCAGAUAAAAUAUCUCUCUGCUCAAAUCAAAUCUUAUCCUUUUUUAUCACUUGUUUGCUGUAGUAAUAAUUGCAGUUGAGAAUGGGUUUAGGUUUAAGCUCUCAUAAGGAAAAAGGACUCAGUGAAAUUCUUAAUGUUGUGAUAACUUGAUAGAAAUUUGUAAUUUUCUUAUUCUACGAUGGAAGACAGUUCGAAUUUGAAGCCAUUUGUAGGUUACGUUGAAAAGUUAUAACCGAGAGACGUGAUCGUAGAACAUAUUUAUUUUAAGAUUGUUAUAUUGUUAAGAUCAAACUUUGUAACGGUUCA